CGGUGGCUGACGGGAGGCACGAUCCUUUCGUUGCCCCCAUUUUCCCCAACCCACCAACGCGUCCUCUGGCGUCCAUUUUAGGUCGGGUGAGAAAGAGAAGGAAGAACGGGAAAAUAAUAACAACAAUUAUAAUUAUAAUUAUAUAUAUAUUUUAAAAAAAGGUCGACUCGGGAGGAGAACCGAGAGAAAAAAGGCUUUACAAAAUGGCGGACGACCUUCGCGCUGCUGAAGAAGAAGACCGCUUUCGGGAGUUGUAGUCUUUUGGGCUCUUAUUCCAAGGCACCCGGGGCCUGGCUUCCUGAGGGAGAGGACUACGUUUCCCACAAAGCCUCGGGCGGAGCGAAGGGGUCGACGGGAAGGCUGAGGUGGAGGUGGGGGGGACGGCUUAUGGCUAUCCUCCCCUUUCGCCUUCAGUCUCUUCUUCGCCUGCGACGCGGCGGACGCUGCUGCGUCGGGUAUCAGAGGCACCAGUGGUGCUAGCCUGUGAGAGCCAUGUACAAUGGGAUAGGACUCCCCACUCCCCGGGGCAGUGGCACUAACGGUUACGUGCAGCGCAACCUCUCGGCCGUGCGCCACAAGAAGGAUCGCACUGACUACAAGUCAGAAGAAGAAUUGAGGAAGCUGGAGUCGUCUCUAGUUAAAAAACCCAACCAGGAGAUCCUGGACCACGAGCGCAAGCGGAAAGUUGAGCUGAAAUGUUUAGAGCUGGCUGAGCUCAUGGAAGAACAGGGGUAUGGAGAAGGGGAGAUCCAGGAAAAAGUAACCACCUUUCGGAUGAUGCUUCUUGAGAAGGAUGUAGCAAUGGUCAAGGAAGGGGAACAGCAGCAGAAGUCAACUGUCACAGAGACUCAUCAGUUGGCUGAAGCCAAUGAGAAGAAAAAUGAAAGGCUUCGAGCUGCUUUUGGUAUUAGCGACAAUUAUGUGGAUGGCAGCUCUUUUGACCCCAACCGCAGGGCCAAGGAGGCAGCAUCAGCUGCUGCAGCCAAGCAACAGCAGGAGCAGCAAAAACAGUACAGUCUUGUCAAAGAGUCCAGCAGCUCUCGAUCACCGUCUCCAAAACAGAAAAAGAAGAAAAAGAAGAAAGACCGAGGCAGGUCUGAGAGCCGGUCACCUUCUCGAAGAGAGAGGAAGAAGAGUUCAAAGAAAAAGAAACACAGGUCAGAGUCAAAGAAAAGGAAGCACAGGUCUCCAAGUCCCAAGAGCAAGCACAAAUCUAAGGAAAAGAAACGCAAGAGGUCCACUAGUGAAUCUGCUUCUCAGAAAGGCCGUCGGGAGCGCUCUUCUUCUGCAGAUCGUUCUUCAUCUUCAGAUGCUUCCCGCAGCAGGUCAGGCAGCAUCACUACCCAGAAACGAGCCACCUUAAGACGUCAGAGCAAGUCUCCAUCAGCACCUUUGCGGAAACAAGAAGAAAGUGAAGUGGUUUCAAAGAGUCUGCCAGAGAGAGAACGUUCAUCUUCUGCUGAACCUGCCCGGCGGGGCAGGAGUACAAGUCCUCGAGAAAGCAGAGAAAAACGAGAGAAAACAUCAUCCAAGCAUUCUCCAUUGUGUGAGACCCGCCAACGAUCAACCAGUCCUUUAUCUCUUGCCAAAGAGAAGGAAAGAGACAAGGAGAAAAAGUCUGCUCGGCAUGGGGAUCGAAAAUCUACCCCCUCAUUUGAACGGGAUUCAAGGCUCAAGCAUUGCUCCCCAGGGUCAAAUGAUCAUCCUUGGGAAAAAGUCUCUGGGCACAAGCGCCCUUCCUCUAAGGAGAGCAGGUCUCCUACCUGUGCCUCCCCACCACCUAAGAAACAAGCAGAAGAUCAUAAUGGGACUCCUCCACCAUCCAAGGCUAAGGUGUCCCUUGACCAGAAGGAGCAACCAGUAGCUUCCUCAUCUUCUCCUGCUUCUAAGACAAAUGAGGCCAAGACAAAGAAGGUCUCUCAGGAUGCUUCAUCCCGGCGGUCCCGCUCUCCAUCAGAAAGUGGUAGCUGUUCUUCCUCUUCGUCUUCUUCUCCUUCACCAGCAAGAAAGCCAGCCCAAGUUUCUCGUAGCUCUUCCCCAGAGGAGGCCCGCAAAAGACAAGACAAAGAGAAAGCCUCUACCCAGAGAGAGCAGUUGAGCUCAUCCCCUGAAGUUUCCCGCUCUGGGAACAAACAAUCUUCCAAGACCACAUCUCGACGUGAACCAUCAGGCUCACCUCCACUGAAGAGCACCAGGUCAAGAGCCAGCCGCAGAGACAAGUCUCUUUCACCAACACCCAUUGCUCGCAGAGGUAGGUCACGGUCUCGCACCCCACCUAAAAGAGGCAGAUCACGCACACCUCCAAGGAGGGGAAGAUCUCGAUCUAUACAAAGACGUGCCCGAUCCCGUUCACGGACUCCUCUGAGAAGGGCCCAUUCUCGCAGUCCACGGUGGCGCGGCCGAUCGAGAACACCCCAGCGGUGGGGAAGGUCACGGUCACGUACUCCUCCCAGAUGGGGACGAUCUCGUACACCUCAGAGGCGUGGCUGGUCGCGUUCUAGAACUCCCCAAAGGCAUGGUUGGUCUAGAAGCAGAACUAGUGGGAGAUGGGGGAGGUCAAGAACCCCACCCAGAAGAGGGAGAUCGGGCUCACGAACUCCACCAAGAAGAGGCCGGUCUAGAUCUAGGACGCCACCCAGACGAGCACGGUCUCGAUCCAGGACUCAGUCUAGAAGAGGCAGAUCUAGAACCAGAACCCCUCCCAGAAGAGGGAGAUCAAGCUCAUCACCAAGAAGAGAAAAGUCUCUGAUUUCAGCUAGGCGAAGCAGGUCUGUAUCAUCUUCAGGCCGGAAAGCCUCUAGAAUUUCUUCAAGGAGAAGUCGCUCUGACUCUUUCUCCAGAACAAGAGACAGGUCCAAAAAACCACUGAGACGUAGCCGUUCAGGAUCAUCACCUGAAUCAAGAAGCAGGUUGCGUGUGUCUCCCAGGCGGAGUCGAUCUGGUUCUGUGCCAAAGGCAAAAAAGAAAUCCCAGUUGUCUCCUAGAAGAAGUCGUUCAGGCUCUUCUCCAAGGUCUAGGAAGAAAAAGUCAAGAACACCUCCACGGCGCAGUCGUUCUAGUUCUUCUCCAAGGUUAAAAAAGAAGUCAAGAUUAUCCCCAAGGCGGAGUAGGUCUCGUUCUUUUCCAACACCAAAGCAGAAAUCGAGAUCACCUCCCCGACGUAGCCGAUCCAGGACACCUCCAGUACUCAAAAAUAAACCCAGAAUGUCCCCAAGGAGCAGAUCUGGUUCAUCUCCAAGACCCAUAAAGAAAACUGAUGUUUCAUCAGUGGCUGAAGAGAAGUCCAAGAUGCCUUCUAGAAGAAGUCGAUCUGGUUCAUCUCCAGCACUGAGGAGGAAAUCUAACUCUCCCGUGAGAGAUAACAGGUCUGGGUCCCCUUCAGAUGUGGAGGAAAGAUUGCCAAGAAGACGAAACAGAUCUGAGUCUUCUCCAGAAACAAAAACAAAGCCAAGGUCAGGGUCAUCCCUGGGAAUGAAGAAAGAAUUAAGUUCAUCCCCAAGACAAAGCCGAUCUAGUUCCUCUCAGUCAUCAACAAAGGAAAACUCCUUAUCUCCCUCAAGACGAGCAGCCUUGCCAGAACCAAAGUCUACAUCUCCAUCGCAGGGAAGCAGAUCUGGAAGGCCUCUAGCAAUAAAAGAAAAACCUCGAUCACCACACGUAAGGCAGAGCAAGUCUGGAUCGCCUCCAGCUUUGAGAGAAAAGUCUGUUUCUCCUCCAAGACAAACUUCAUCUGGAUCUUCCUCGGAAUUGAAGAAGAAAUCCAGUCCUCCACUGGAGAAAUGCAAACCCGACUCCUCAGAGUUGAAGAAACCCAGAUCGCCACCAAGGCAAAGGAGGUCUGGCUCUUCACCAUUGAUAAAAGAACAGUCUAAAUCGCCUCCCAGGAGCAAGUCCAGAUAUUCUCCUGAUGCAAAGAAAUCUACAUCACCUUUGAAGCAGGUCAAAUCUGGCAUUUCCCCUCUAGCAGUGAAAGAGAAGUCUAAGUCACCUUCCAAGAGAAGUGGAUCCAGAUCAUCUCCUGAACUGAAUGGCAAAUCUAAAUCUUCUCCAAAGCAAAAUAAAUUUGAAGAAGUGAAAGCAAAAUCAAAGUCACCUCCAAGGCACAACAAAUCUGGUUCCUUGGCAGUAAUGGAGAGCGUUACUUCACCAUGCCAGAAGAGUAAAUCAAAUUCAUCUCUCUCUGGGAAAGAGAAAUCACAAUCUCCCACAAGGCACGACCAGCCAGGGACGCCACCAGGACUGAAAAAGUCAGAGAUUCCAUUGAGGCGAAGUAGAUCUGGGUCAUCCUCCUCAUCCUCGUCCUCUUCCUCAUCCUCUUCCUCCUCUUCGUCUUCAUCAUCAUCGUCAUCAUCAUCUGCAGAGGAUGACAAAUCACAGUCACCCCCCAAAUUGAGCCGGUCUGCAGCCAUGUCAGUCAAUAAAAGCAAAUCUACACCUUCCCCAGUGCACAGCUGGUCAGUUUCCUCUCCAGAACCAGAGAAUGGCAUAUCUGUAGCAGUUGCAAAGCACAAUAGACCUACAGGUUCUCCAGAAGCAAGAGAAACUUCAAGAACUCAAAUGAUGGGACCUAGAUCACCUUUGGAGAGGAGAGACACAAUGAGAGAUGAACCUCGGAGAAGCAGAUCAGGAUCAUAUCCUGGACUUAAGGAAAAGCCAAGAAGGCAGUCUAGUGACAGCAGUUCGGACUCAUCCCGAGAACGGAAAGAAAAAUCUCCAAGCCAAUCUGUGUCACCAGUGAGACCUGUAAAAUCAAGGACACCCCCAAAACGCCGAACUUCAAGGUCACCAGUUAGACCUAGAGCAAAAUCCAGAACUCCACCAAAAUGUGACUGGUCUGGAUCACCAGCAAAACCCAGAGUAAAGUCCAGAACACCCUCAAGACGACGUAGGUCUGGGUCAUCUCCACGGCCCCGAAUGAAGUCUAGAACUCCACCAAGGCGACAUAGGUCUGGAUCAUCCCCAAGGCCCCGAAUGAAGUCCAGAACACCACCUCGCCGUCACUAUAGAUCUGGAUCAUCUUCGAGACCCAGAAUGAAAUCGAGAACCCCUCCCCGAAGGCGCAGGUCUGGGUCAUCUCCACGACCUAGAGAGAAAUCUAGGACGCCAGUUACAAGAAGGCGGAGAUCUGUAUCACCACUGAGCCCGAGACGGAAAUCUCGCACACCUCUGAGGCGUGGAAGAUCCAGAUCACGCUCCAGAGAGAAGUCAGACACCAGCAUGUACCCACAUAGGUCUAAGUCAUCAUCCCAAUGUGAUAGAACAAGAAGCGCCUUGCGACGGGGAAGAUCUCGCUCCCCAUCACAGAGGAGCCGCUCCCGUUCACUCUCCAGGAAACGAGACAAAUCCAGAGGGUUGCUGCGGAGGGAAAGGUCCAUUUCAUCUCCAGGCCGAAGUGGCUCAAGGUCUCCUUCUCGGCAGGACAAAAGCCACUUCAAGUGGAAGGGUGAGCACUCUGUCUCCUCACCACGCAGGGCUAAUUCCCGAUCACCAGCACGGAAAGAGAUGUCAAGGCUGUCCCCACAGCAGUCUUCUGCCAGUCGGAAUGCAUCCCGUUCCCCACCAAGGCUAGAUGCUUCGCGUGUCGCAGUGGCCUACAAAGGCACCGGGACCAGAGGAUCUCCUGAUUUUCAGUCAUCUCCUGUGAGGAAGCAUUCCAGGUCAGGCUCCCGGGAAAUCUGCACCUCUCCAGGGAGGAAAUCCCGCUCCCCUCCUGUGUUGGAGAGAUACCCUAAGGCUGACAGCCAGGAGAAGUCAUCAGCCUCCUCUCUGUGGCACAGCAGAAGCAACACUGCCAUUCCUCAUACUUCAACUCCACCUCAGGAAGACUCUUCCAAACCCCAAAAGGCCCUCUCUCCUACACCAUCCAUGUUGCGUGAGUCUCCUGCAGUUUUGAAGAAUGGUAGUUCCACAACUCUAAAAGAUAUCCCAAAAGAAAAGAGUCAGACCAUACAGUCUGCCCUUGUUAGGGAUGAUGCAGUUACUGGUACUCCUCUUUUAUCAGGGAGAAGCAGUUCUCAUGCAGGCUCCCCUUCUCCAGUUAAAGCUAGGUCACCAUCCCCUCCCUCCUCUGCUUCCUCCAGUCCCUUGCCAGCCCUGGUUUCUGUGUUAGUUCCAGUUCCAAAAGAAGAAGAAUCUGUAGCUGAAGGAAAUGUAGUGGAAAGGCCUGAAGGCCACCUCCCAACACUAGAGGCUGAGCCACAGUUAGCUUCCAAUACCAUGGAGGUAGAUGCCAGGAGCAAUUGUUCCACAGCCCCACAACUGGCUCUCCCUUCUCCACCACCCUCAGUCCCCUCAAAGGCAAAGAGAAGUUCAUCUGCUUCAUCCACCUCUUCUUCAUCAUCGUCCUCCUCUUCUUCGUCGUCCUCAUCUUCUGAUUCUGACUCCGAAUCCAGCUCAUCUGAAUCAAGCCCUCAUGAUCAGCCAACAAAAGAUGUUGAGGCCGAGACUGAGCUGAAAAAGCCACACAGCCCAGUGCUGAAGGAGAGUAUCACGAUGAGCGGCCUCCAGAAGUGCCUCUUCUUCCCCUCCCCUCAUCAUCCUCAGCAUCACCUCAAGACUGGCUCCCAGGCACCAGCCAAGGUGGUCCCCAAAAAGAAGCCCUCUCCAGAGAAGAGGAAGUCACGCAGCCCCCGGAAACCUAUUGACUCAUUGCGUGAUUCGCGUUCCCUCAGUUACUCUCCAGCAGAACGGCGUCGAGCUUCACCUCCAGUGCAGCCACCCCUGACUUCAAGGGAACGACGCAGGGAUAGGUCCAGGGACAGGUCUAGGGACAGAUCCAUGCAGAGAAACAGACGAAGCAUCAGCAGGUCUCCAGGACGGAAACGGCGACGCAAAUCCCCUAGCCCCCGAGUCCCCCGCCGCAGAACUUCAAGGUCCCCCUAAGCUUCUUGGAGCAUCUGGAAAGCCCUUGCCCAUGCAACCACAGACUGCACCACCCAGCCUCCCACAGUGCUGUCCCAGGUGGGAGCCCCCUGCCUUCUGAUGCCCAUUGGAAACCAGUGUGUUUGUGUGGGAGGAGAGGGGGGCUCUUCAUUUGCCAUUGGCUUUUUAUUCUCAUUAGUUUUUUUCCCUUCACUGUCCCUGUCUUUAUUGCCCAUCAUUUGUCGGCAGCUACAUUCCCCUCCUCCCUGGACAUUUCUGCUCAGCACCCACCAGGAUUCGCUGCCUCUACGCUCCUCCUCGUCCGACAGUUGGUGACAUUCAUUUGAUUUCCCCCCCUCUCCUGUGAGCGUUUUUUUCUGUGCGUUUUACAGCUAAAAAUACUUUACUUCUGUGUUUUGAGAGAGGGGUCUUCUUUUCGUUGAUUUAGACAUAAAAGGUUUUAAAAAAAGAAAACACAAAAAGGGGGUGGUUGGGUGGGGAGUAGGGAGAUAUGUGAGCUAAUCUGUUUGAUUUAGUGUUUCUCAGGCACACCUGUCCAAAAUGGCAGAGGGCUGUAGGGAAAAAAAAACCAGAAGGAGUGCAUGUUGCAUUAGAGAUCUCUCAAGAGUUCAGUGGGGUGAGUUGGGGGGGAAGGCUGGGCCAUAAGUAGGCCUCCCUCUGUAGCCUGCAGGCAAAGUUUUUUGUUUUUAUUUUUGUUUUUGAGAAGGGAAAGGUUUUUUUUUUUUCAGUCGCCUGCUGCACUGGAAUUGGCUUUUGAUGGUAACAAAAUUGGGAAUCAGACCAUUCCUAACCCCCAAAACAAACGGAUUUUAAUGUGCUGUGCUCUUUUUUCCUUUUCAUCCCUCCCUCAAAGCAGACUCUUUCAUAUUGAUCAGCUGAGCCAGGUCAGGAGGGGUCAAGAAUAGGGACUGGAAAUUGGGCAGUCAGUUAUUUUAUGGGGGAAAGUGAUGGAGAUUUUGCUGGAAAGAACUGAGAAACCCUAAAUCAGGGAGGGGUGGGAACAGAAGUUUCUUCAUAUUUCUUAAAAGCAUUUAAUUUUUUUUGAUAUGUACAGCAAGGAGAUUUUUUCUGUCAAAUAAAAAAUUACGAAAUCCA